AUGUCUGUCGCCGCCCUCGCCGCCGGGGGUGUCGCGGCCAGCGCCGCCGCCGCCGCGUACCUCAACGGCAAGUACCAGCUGACCCGGGACGCGCAGGUGCUGCUGAGCAUGCGGCGCUUCGCCAAGAUCUACGAGCAAAAGGCCAAGGAGAACCGCCUGUCGCCGUGGUACUUUGUCGAGACGGCAUGCCAGGCGCACGGGCCGGAGCCCGCCAUAUGGUCCCGGUCGGGCGAGUACACGUUCGCCGAGGUGUACGCGCACAGCCUGCGGUACGCGCAGUGGCUGCUCGAGCAAGGGAUCCGGCCGGGCGAGAUUGUGUCCAUGUACCUGCAGAACAGCCCCGAGUUCAUCUUCUGGAUCUUUGCCGCGUGGUGCAUCGGCGCCAGCCCGGGCCUCAUCAACUACAACCUCGAGGGCCAGGGCUUGCUGCACUGCAUCGACGUGUGCGGCUCAAAGGUGCUCAUUGUCGACCCGGACACGGAGUGCCAGCGCCGUAUUGACCAGAGCCGCGACGAGAUUGAGGGCGGCAGCAGGGGGAUAAAGGUUGUCACGCUUGACGGUGCGUUCAAGGCCCAGCUCGCGGGGUACCCGGCGAAGGAUGCAGAUGACGCGCUGCGGCGGAACGUCAAAGGCAGCGAUCCCUAUAUCCUGCUCUUUACCAGCGGGACCACCGGCCUGCCCAAGGGGUGCCCGUUCAUUGUCAGCCGUGUGCACCAGAUGGGCACUCACAUCGCGCCUCCAUUCAACGGCAAACCGGGCGUCGACACGUGGUACAGCGCGAUGCCCAUGUACCACGGCACGGCGGUCAUGAGCCUGACAACACAGCUCCUGGGCGGCCUGCGGAUCGCCAUCGCGCCCAAGUUCAGCGUGUCCGGGUUCUGGCCCGACAUCCACGACUCGGGCGCCACCAUCUUCAUCUACGUGGGCGAGACGGCGCGGUACCUGCUCAACGCGCCGCACCACCCGCUGGAGCGGCAGCACCGGCUGCGCUGCGCGUACGGCAACGGCCUGAGGCCGGACGUCUGGACGCGGUUCCAGGAGCGCUUCGCCAUCCCGGAGGUCGCCGAGUUCUUCAACUCGAGCGAGGGCGUCUUCGGACUCGUCGUCUGGGACCGCGGCGAGUACCUGAGCAAGUGCGUCGGCCACCACGGCCUGCUGCUCCGCCUGCUCACCCGCAAAGUCCUGGUCCCCGUCGAGGUGGACGUCGACACGGGCGACAUCUGGCGCGACCCGGUCACGGGCUUCGCGCGGCGCAUGCCCUACGACGUCGGGGGCGAGAUGCUCGUCAAGGUGCCCGACCGCGCCGCGUUCGGCGGGUACUGGAAUAACCCCGAGGCCACGGCCAAGCGGUUCGCCACGGACGUAUUUGAGAAGGGCGACCUGUACUACCGCUCCGGGGAUGCCCUGCGGCGCACCGACGACGGCCACUGGUACUUCCUCGACCGCCUGGGGGACACCUUCCGGUGGAAGUCGGAGAACGUGUCCACCGCCGAGGUCGCCGAGGUGCUGGGCCAGGUCGAGGGCGUGAGCGAGGCCAAUGUGUACGGCGUCACGGUGCCCGGGCAUGAGGGCCGGGCCGGGUGUGCGGCGCUGACGCUCGACCUGAGCGUUGUCGGCUCGCAGGGUGUACAACAGCCACGAAAGAAGGGAGGAGCAGGGGCAGGAGUAGGGGGUGAGUACUUCAGGAAGCUCCUCUCGCAUGCCCGCAAGGCACUGCCCCGGUACGCCGUGCCCGUCUUCAUCCGCGUCAUGGACGCCGGCCGGAGCUCGCACAUCCACAACCACAAGCAGAACAAGGUGCCCCUGCGGAAGGAAGGCGUGGACCCGGCGCUCGUGGGCACGCUGAGCGGAGGAGGAGGCGGAGGAGGAGGUAGUGCCGAGAGUGAUGCCGACGCUGGUGGUGGCAAGGAUGUCAUCUUGUGGCUGCCGAGCGCUGGGGCGGAGGAGUACGUCGAGUUCACCGAGACGGAUUGGAACAAGUUGGUCGAGGGGAGCGCAAAACUGUAG